AUCAGCGCAAAGCACAUGAAGGCAGGCCUGGGAAUGACAGAACACAGCAGAUCUGCCGUGCCACAUUGUCCUUUCUCUGUUCUUGCAGAUGCAGGUCCUUCUUGGCGCCGUUGUCAUUCUCUCUUUUGCAUGGUUCAGCGAGUGCGUGAACGGCCGGAGUGGCCGUCUGCGGCAUUCCCUUGCGCAGCCGAAGAUUCCCUCUCCUCACUUUAUGACCCAGAUCUUCACUUUGAAGGGUAGUGAGCCCAGAUCUGCUCGAAAUAUGGCUGCCUCCUUUGUUUUCUCCUCUGUCAAUGGUACAGAUUGCGGUUAUGGCGGGGACGUGUUGAGGCUGACGGCGGAUGACAUGCACGAGGUCAAGGAGGGCGACGCCAUCAAGCCCGUCUACAACCAGGAAGGUGUGCACAUGCCCUUUGGAGCGGAGAACGAUGGACACUUGCAUUCUCCUUCUUGUCUUUCUGUCUGUCUGUCUGUCUUUCUGUGCAGCCCCGUACGCUCACAACAUCCACAGCGUCGAGGUCAGCCAUCCUAAGAUCGACCUACAGUGAUUGUGAGUGUGUGGAUGCGGGUGGAUGUGUGGAUGCGAUGCAGCUGUGUGGUUUCGGUAAGGUGGAGCUCUUCGAGUUUGCCGACGGUGUGACGCUCACGGAGGGGGUGAGCCGAUGCAGGGGAAGCGCGUACGAGUGCCAGGUCAGUAUGCAGGCAGGGCAACGCACCAUACCAAGAGAGGAUGGUGCUCUGCCUGCACUGCAUGAUGCGCAUAUAUCAGUGUUUCCCAGUCGAUGCCAACAAGGGCGUCCUCAGCCUCUCGCGAGGUGAGGAUACUCAUCCAUAUCCCACAUCUCAUCUCAUCGUGCGAUGGCGGCCCAUUUCUGUCCUCUCAUCUCAUCUCCGUGUGUGUGUGUGUGUAUGUGCAGUCCCCAAUGCAUGCCAGCAGGAGUAGCUCGUGCCGACGCCUGCUGCAGUGGGCUAGCCUUUAGACAUAUGUGGCUGCAUGUGUGGAUGCAUGCCUCUGGUAUACGAUCGCAAAUGAGAAUGCGGG